AUGAAUUUGUCACUUAUUUGCAAGUCUGACUACCUCAAACAUUACGAGCCAUAUCUGAAAAAUAAAACAACAAAAUUCUUCGACAAUUGCAAUAACUUUAAAUCAGAAAUCGAUUGCCUUCGAAAGGUUGUCAACAAAUGUUAUGUAAAAGAGAAUUUCGACCAAACUGAAGACCCUGUGCCUGUUUUUCAAGAUUCUAAUAAGCUUAUUCAAUCAGAAUAUCAGUAUCAGCUCCGAAAAUUUGAUGCUCUGAGUAAAAUCAAGGAUUUACUUCAAUGUCUACUUCUGUGCUCCAAAAGUGAAGAUGAUAAUGAUGAAUGUCUGGAUAUGGAAAUUUUUGGAUUGCCACUCAAAGAACAAAAGCCUGUAUUGUUAAAAAGAAUUGACAAUCUUAAGCACUGCAAGGAGUUGGGCAAGAAAAUUUUGAAAAAGCUACAGGAAGAGUUGUCAUCAUAUCAGCAAAAAGAACGAAAAAUGACAUUUGAAGCAAUCAGUAUGACUGACUUUUAUAAAUCAAAACUCACGCCAGUUAAAAUUUUGGAAAGAGACAUUAACAAUGAAGUCACAAGAAUUAAGGAAGCGUUCACUAAAAAGUAUGAAAGCCUGUUUCUGAUUAAACUCAAAUGUGAAAAAUUGGACUUGCGGAUGAGGGUGGAUUUGAUGCCAAAAAUCACAAUUUUAGAGACUUCCUUGAUCGAGAAAAGGUUUGAAUUGGAAAAGGUAGAGAACGAUACGAGAGAACAUAUUAAGCAGGAAAAUCUUCAAAUGAAGAUUGACGAUGAAUAUGACAAAAAGAUGCGAUUUUUGACAGAAGACUACGAAAAAGUUGUUGAACAAAAUAAGAGUCUAGUUCCUGCCAUUGAGCAAAUAAAGAAGUCGCUUAUAAGAACAUUCAGGAAGAAAGACAAAUUGACAAAGACAUUUGCAGAGACUCUCAUCAAUUCCGGACAGAACUCAGCAAUUGAUAAAAGAUUGUCGGAAGUUCAAAAUAAUCAUACUAAAAGUGAUUUAUGCUACAUAAAGAACUCAACAAUCAAUGAUUACACUCUUCAAGAUGUCGCUAUCAUCAAUUUAAGGGAACAAAUUUGUCGCAUGAUCCAAAAGAUAUCAAAAUCAAACAACUUUAUCAAUGUCCUCAAAAAUGACCUGAAAUUUCUCAGAAAUGAACAUCAAAAGUACGGCAUCGGUCACGAUUACAUGGGAAAUACAAUCAUGUCACCGAAAACUUAA